AUGUCUGAAUUAUUGGGAUUAAAAUAUGAUACACAAUCCGUAAACAUUAGAGAUAAUGUCCAAAAAGAACCAUGGUUUUUAAAGCUCAAUCCCAAUGGUAGAAUUCCAACCUUAGUUGAUAAUUCGACAGGAGUUACCAUUAGUGAGACAGGAGCAAUCCUUCAAUAUCUUGUGGAUACCUAUGAUAAGGACUACAAGUAUAGCUACAAAGUAGGAACGAAAGAAUAUUACAAGCAAUUGGAAAUUCUUUAUUUCCAGAUGGCAGGAGUGGGACCUAUGCAAGGACAGGCGAACCAUUUCAAGUUUGCGGCCAAGGAGAAAAUUCCUUAUGCAAUUGAAAGAUAUGAAAAUGAGACUAAAAGGCUCUACUCUGUUGUCGAGGAAUACUUGAAAAGGAACGAAAGCAACGGAAGAUAUCUAGUCGGCAAUCAUUACUCUAUUGCUGACAUUGCAAUCGUAGCAUGGGCAAAAUCAUUGAGUAAGUUGGACAUUGAUAUUGCACAAUGGCCAUUAGUUAAAGAAUGGUUUGACCAAUUGAACUCGCUUUCUCAAGUCCAAAAGGGUUUUACUAUUCCAUAG